AAAGAGCCCCAAGAAGCACAAGUCGGGGCUGGCGGCGGACCAGGCUGUUGUUGUUCUCAACGUGGUCCGCCCCGCGCCCAUAUAAAGGGCUGCGGCGCGCCCGCCCCGCAGAACGCACGCCGAGUGGAGCAGACGGAGCGCGCUCGCCGGGCCCCGCCGCGCCGCCGCUGCCCCCGCCCGCCCCCGCUCCGGCCCGCGGCCCGCGACUCCCCGCACCAUGGCGGCAGAGCUAGAGGAAACCGAUCUGCCCCUGGGCGAGGCGGAGGAGGCGCCCCUCUCCCCGGAGAAGAAAGCGGCUGCUAAGAAGGCGAAAGGAGGUGGCGGCGCCUCGCUGUCGCCAUCGAAGAAAAAGAAGAACAACAAGAAAAAGAACCAGCCGGGCAAAUAUAGCCAGCUAGUGGUGGAGACGAUUCGCAAGCUGGGCGAGCGCAAUGGCUCCUCGCUGGCCAAGAUCUAUAACGAGGCCAAGAAAGUGGCCUGGUUCGACCAGCAGAACGGCAGGACUUACUUGAAGUACUCAAUCAAGGCGCUGGUACAGAACGACACGCUGCUCCAGGUCAAGGGCACCGGCGCCAACGGCUCCUUCAAGCUCAACAGGAAGAAGCUGGAAGGCGGCGGUGAGGGGGGCGCAGGCAACAGCGCCCACAAGUCCCUCAAGAAGGCGACGGUCUCCUCGACCCGGCGGGCGGAGAAGCCGGCGGCCAAGAGCAAGAAGCCCGAAAAGAAAUCGCACAAGAAGGGAGCCGGCGGUGCGGCGGCGAAGAAGGACAAGGGCAAAGCCAAGAAGGCCACCAAGAAGGGAGCCGCGUCCCCCGGGGGUAAGAAGGUGAAGAAGUCGGCAAAGCCCAAGGCGCUCAAGAGCCGGAAGGCAUGAGCUUGAGGCGCAGGGAGCCUCCCGCCGCCCCCCGGACUGAGAGCCCCGCGGCACAGACUGCUCUGAGGACAGACCCCAGGGGACCCGCUUUGUCUUUGUGUUGCUGACUCGCCUCCGCAGCCACCGCCGUGCGCGGUGAGCGGGGCUGCGGCUGCCCCAGCCCCCCUUCUCCUUCUCUGCCGCCUUAUUUUUUUCCACCCCCUCCUCCCCCGUCCGGCUCUGCGGCUUUUCCCCAAUCGCGCCCUUUUGUUUUCGGCCGUGCCCCUCCCCGCCUGUAGACGGUUCCCGGCGCCCACCCCCUCCCGCGUCCCCCCGGUUCUUCGCAGGGAUUUUUCCCGCCCGGUUUCCAUAGCAGCCAUUUUGCACGGGGCCCCCCCCGCGCCACGUGGGCCGGUCCCGCUCCCGCCGCCCGCGCGCGCCCCGCCCGGCCCCGCCCCUCCCGCCGCGCGCCGUGCCUGCUCGCGGCCGCUCCGAAGGGCCAGGGCGCCCCCUGGCGGCCCGCGGCCCCGCCGCCAUGGCAACGGCCCGGCGCGCGGGAGUGGCCGCCCCCCGGCGGCCACCGGCCGCACUGCAAUGGCCUUCAAUGUUUUUUUAUGGGUCUGGGGGUGGGUGGGGGAGGGUUUGGGUUAUUAGUGGGGUCAUUUCUUGGUUUCGUUUUUUUUUUUUCCUUUUCAUUUAUCGUCGUUUCAAAUAAAUUGGUACAAAACGUC